GUUUACUCCAUGCGGAAGUGGCAGGCAGUUUGGGCAUUUUUUUUUUCCAUGCAGUAUUGAUGCCUCUCCAUAAAUCAAUACAACACAUUUCUUGAUCUUUCCACUCUCAGGAGACUAACAGAUGUUAGCUUCCCCUCCUGUCUGCAACAAUGACCACCAUUGUCCAUGAUACUACAGAGGCGCUGUGCCUUUCCGCUGAGUACAACCUGUACCUCAAGCCCAUUGCCAAAAUGACCGUCAGUGUGGCUCUUCCCCAGCUCAAGCUGCCAGGCAAGAGCAUCUCCAACUGGGAGGUAAUGGAGAGAGUAAAGGCCAUGGUAGCUCCAGAGCAGUUUUCAGCCCUGCGAAUCUCCAAGAGCACCAUGGAUUUCAUCCGCUUUGAGGGGGAGGUGGAAAACAAAACGGUGGUCAAGAGCCUGCUGGGCCGUCUGGAUGGGAAGAGCAUCAAGCUUAGUGGAUUUACGGAUGUACUGAAGGUUCGUGCUGUAGAGAAUAAGGUAGACUUCCCUACACGUCACGACUGGGACUCCUUCUUCCGUGACGCCAAGGACAUGAAUGAGACUGUGCCCGGAGAGAGGCCUGACACCAUCCACCUGGAGGGACUUCCUUGCCGCUGGUUCAGCCAGAAGGACAGCCAGUUCCCAGACCGGCCCUCCGAAGAGGUCCUCAUUGCAGUCUUCCAGACAUUUGGCAAGGUACGAAAUGUUGACAUCCCCAUGCUGGACCCAUACCGAGAGGAGAUGCUGGACAAGAACUUCAACACAUUCAGUUUUGGGGGUCAUCUUAACUUUGAGGCUUAUGUCCAGUACCAAGAGUACUGCGGCUUCACCAAGGCAAUGGACACUCUGCGCAGCAUGAAGCUGAUGUUGAAAGGAGACGAUGGAAAGGCAGUGGCCUGCAACAUCAAGGUGGCCUUUGACACCAGCAAGCACCUGAGUGAGUCAGCCCUGAAGAGGAGGACCCUGGAGAGGCUGAAGUUACAGGAGCUGGAGAGGCAGAGAGAGGAGCAGAAACGACGGGAGAAGGAAGAGGAGGAGCGUCGUAAGGAGGAGGAGAGGAAACAGAAGGAGCAGGAAGAGGAGGAGAAGGAGAGAAGAAAGGAAGAGAGGCUACGAAAGCGAGAGCAGAAGUUGCGGGAGAGAGAGGAGAGGAGAAACCUGAAGAAGGUGAGGCGGCAGCAGGAAGAGGAGCAAAAGAAGCUGCAGAUGAAGAUUGCCAUGGAGGAAAGGAGGCUGCUGCUGGCUCAGCGCAACCUGGAAUCAAUACGCCUCAUUGCUGAGCUGCUGGCCAGAGCCAAGGCCCUGAAGCAGCAGCAGCAGGAGAAAGAGAGGGCAGAACGGGAGGAACUGGAAAGGCAGGAGCAGUCUCGGCAGAAGGAGGAACUAGCUCGUCUUCAGCAGCUGGAGGCCUGCCGACGCAAGCAGGAGGAGGAGCUCCGGAGGGUGGAGGUGGAGAAGGAACGUGCAUUGGAGCUCCAGCGCCGAGAGAAGGAGUUAAGGGAGAAACUCCUUUGCAACUUGUUGAAGAAGAGCAGCGGAAAAACCACAAGACCUUCAGGCACGCAGGACCAGGCUGACCCUGAAACCAGUGAGGAGUCCUCUGAUCCUGGUGGCACUGAUGUGAUGUUGAGGGUCCUGGGCCGGGUGAACGGAGUGAAGGCGGUUGAGAGCAAAGAGAAGCAGGUGUCCAAAUCUAGUGUGCACUCCCAAGUUUUGGGGAAAAACAGAGCAGGAGAAGAGAGGAGGGGAGGGGAGGACAGGAAGAAAGACCGGGAGGGAAGGAAGGACGAGGUGGUGAGGAGCAGGCACAGCAGGGAAGGAGCCAAGGAUGGGGAGCACUCCCACAGAGAGAGGAGCUCCUAUAGCCAGGGGAGGAGGAGGCGCUCCAACAGCUACAGCAAGAGGAGAAGGAGCUCUAGCCACCGUAGGAGGAGCUCCAGUCGUCAUAAGAGGAGCAGCAGUCACCACGGCAGCAGGAGGCGCAGCCACAGCCAUUACAGUAGGAGCACAAGCUCCAGUCGGGACAGGAGCCGGAGCAGCAGUGGGAGGAGUUACAGCAGAGGGAGGAGCCGCAGGCAUAGUCGCCACAGACACAGCAGAGGCAGCUCCAGGAGCAGCAACAAAAGUAGAGACAGGAGGAGUAACAGCCAUUGCAGUCGAAGAUACAGGAAAUACAGCAACAGCAGAGACAGGAGCCACUCCAGACGACGUUAAACUCAUCACUUUGAUCAGUUUAUUGAUUGAUUUAUCUCCCCCAUCUGGGCUUACACCUUAAGUUCCGUGAUUUUAAAAAGAAGAAAAUAUAAACAUAGAACUAAUAUAAAGUAAAACCAGCACCACAUAAUCAACUGAAAUCACACAUCACACACAUGUAUCCUGUACACGUAGGUGGCAAGUUGUUGCAGUUGAUUCUAGGGAGUUGUGUUUUUUUUCCCCUCCAGAUUUUAAACUGUUGGAUUCAAGCUACUUACAACUGUUCAUUUGCUGAAUUAUACAACAUACGUAUUAAUAAUUUCAUGGCAUACAAUACUAAACGUAUUAUUUGUGAAAGCCAUAGCAUCAACAUUUAGACUUAAGUACACAAACUCUUUCUUUUCUGAAAAUUCAAAUAAUAGGAAUAAACAUAAUAGGGUAAUACAAUUAAUGAUAAAAUUAGUGAUCUGUUACAUAAUCAUUUAUAAACAUUAUUGGAAGUUGAAAACAUUGGCUGAUAAAUUAGAAGCUAAUAUCGCAGGUCUACUGUAUUUGUAUAUUGACACAGCAGUUUAACCCUACUGUGACCCCAAAAGCUUGCUGAUGACCCUCAUUCUUGUCUUUGUGCAUGAAUAACAGUGAACUAUAGAAAGUGGCAAGAACAUAAUUGUGUUUGUUAUUUUGAUGUUGCACCAGCCUGUUCAUCCACACAUGUAGCCUGACUACAGUGAAAUACUUUUAAGUGGACGACUGGACUAAAAUGAAUGGCUGCUGUUCCAUUGCAAAUGUGAAAUUUCCACAGACUGUAAGAAACAUACCUCUGUGUUUAGGAUGGCCGACUGAUUUCUUAGUCAUGUGUUAGCUGCCUAAAAUAUUUCUUGGAAUACUUCUUCAGUAUUGGCUGUUUUGUUCAUAAGCAGCUCAGAAAAACACACAACUGAACAACAGAGUUGUCGUUGAGCUCAGCCAAGCAGCAGAAUCAGAGUCGCAUAGUUUCACCUGACAGACUGAUUCAUUUUAGUUUUCUUUGAACUGCUUAGUGUUUUGAAGAAGUGGUUUGUUGAAUGUGUGAGUUUUGUGAAGACUUGAUGUUUAAAGUCAAAAUUAUGAUAGCAUUAUGGCAUAUUUGAACUGACUCAGCAAAGAAGUGUGCUCCCGUGCAAGUGAUAGAUUUGAGACCUGUUCAAUUACUUAAAUAGUUUAAAUGAAUGCAAGUUUAGUCAUUGUUUAGGAAACCAACAUCUGGGAUUCAAGUCAAACCAGCGCAGUACCAAUUAUAAAUGGGAUGUUAGGAUCUAACUCCUGCUUUUAUGUUCAAUAUGUAGUGCCGUAUAUAUAUUUCUUUUGCCUUAUUAAUUACUGUACAGACUGUUCUCUUAGCUGUAUUUUAGCUUUGAGGGGGUCAUAGUUAUGUUGACACUGUUACAUCAACAUUUUUACUUGUCAUGGCAAAGCCCUUUUGCUCUGUGUACUGUAUGCUCAUGAUCUAUUAGAGCAUGUGUUACAUGGCUAAAAUAAAAAUCCAAGCUGA